AACGCUCCGUGAAUGAAGUUAGGAUUUUCAUUUCGCCAUGGCAGAAAAUUGUCCCCACGUGCAAGUGAAAUUUUUCACUAAGCAACCAACAUAUUCAGUUCCAGACAGCCCCUUUUCUGUGCCUGCUAAUGUUGGUAUCACAGAACUGAGUUCUCUAAUCAAUGGACUCCUAAAUGAAGAAGAUAGUGAGGGUGGAGUGGAUUUUGAUUUCCUCAUCGAUGGAGAGUUUCUCCGUGUGACUCUGGAUGUGUACUUGGAGCAAAAAGGAGUUUCAACAGAAGAUGUGUUGGACAUUGAGUAUGUGGAGCGUCAAGCGGCGCCUAAACCAGAGAACUCACUUCUCCAUGACGACUGGGUCAGUUGUCUCCAGGCCAACACUCGCUACAUAUUGUCAGGUUGCUAUGACAACACAGCCCGAUUGUGGUCCUCCAGUGGAGAUUCGCUGAUGACUAUUCCUGGCCAUACGGCGCCGGUCAAAUGUGUUGCAUGGAUGAAAGAAGACGAUGACACAAGCAGUUUUGUGACUGGGUCACAUGACCAGACGUUGUUGGUUUGGGUGUGGCAGCGGGAGAGGAAUGAGGUGGACUGCGUGUGUACGUGUCGCGGUCACGCGGGGAGUGUGGACUGUGUUGCCGUCAAUCAAACACAAGACAAGUUCUGUACCGGAUCCUGGGAUAAGAUGUUGAAACUCUGGUCUGCAGGGUUAGACAGAGACACAGAUGUUUCAGACGAUGAUGGCACCGAGUCCGCCUCAAAGAGGAAGAAAACGGCUGAAACAAAAGUUCAUUCACGAGUCCCGAUGUUGACAUUGUCAGGGCACAGUGAGGGCGUGUCGGCCGUCGUGUGGCUCAACUCACAGGAAGUGUGCACUGCAUCAUGGGACCACACCAUCAGGAUCUGGGAUCUGCAGGAAGCCAAGCAGUCGGCAACAUUGCAAGGAUCCAAGGUGUUCUUUGACGUCUCCUACUCCCCACUUAGUCAGACACUGGUAGCAGCAUCAGCAGAUAGACAUGUCAGAUUGUAUGAUCCAAGGUCCAAAGAUGGAGCUGUGGUGAAGAGCUCCUUCACAUCUCACAAUGGCUGGGUGAUAGGCGUGGCCUGGUCGCCAACCAACCAAUACGAGUUCAUCUCCGGAUCACAUGACUCGAUCCUGAAAUUAUGGGACACACGCAGCCCGAAAGCCCCACUGUACAACAUGGAAGGUCAUGAGGACAAAAUACUGGCUGUUGAUUGGUCGCUUCCUGAGUUGAUGAUGUCAGGAGGGGCAGAUAACCACUUGAAGAUAUUCAAGUAUGAUUCCAAGUCAGAGUCCAUGGACGUCAGCUGAUUGAACUCUUUGUACAUUAUUGUGUCAAUAAAUAUCAUGUCUUUA